AUGUAUACGAAUGUCGUGUCAAUAGAAUCAAAGUUUGUAACUCUAUGUAAAACUUUAGUCAUUGGUUUUAUCAAUCGCAAUGAUUUGGAUGAAAGUGCUGUAUCAAGUAUUUUUAAUGAAAGUGAUUCAAAAUCAAAGGCUUUAAAACAAGUUACACCCUAUUUACCACAAAAUGAAAUAAAAGUUGAAAUAUCAGAUGCUCUUAGUGAAAAGGACAAAGUCAAAUUUACAGUACAAACAACUAAAUACACUUCUAAUUUAGAAGAAAUAAAAUUUUCUGUCGUUAGACAACAUGAAGAAUUUGUUUGGUUGCACGAUAGAUUUGAAGAAGAACCAAAAUACAUUGGAUUUAUUAUUCCUCCUGCUCCCCCUAGACCUGAUUUUGAUGCUUCAAGAGAAAAACUUCAGAAACUUGGAGAAGGAGAAGGUACAAUGACAAAAGAGGAAUUUUCAAAAAUGAAACAAGAAUUGGAAGCUGAAUAUCUGGCAACAUUCAAAAAAACAGUGGCUGUGCAUGAAAUGUUUUUGAUAAGGCUUGCAAAACAUCCAGUAUUCAAAUUCGAUUACACAUUCCAAGUUUUCCUAGAGUACGAUGAAGAUUUAUUAGUUCGAGGGAAGAACAAACUUGAAAAAAUUGGAAGUUUUAUGAACUCUGUAUCUGUGACAACUGAUGAAUAUUUACUCUCUGCAAAAGUCAAAGAUAUAAAUGAAUUUUUCGAAGAGGAAAAAAAUUUCUUAAUCGAUUAUCACAAUCAUUUAAAGGAUGCGACAGCGAAGGCUGAUAAAAUGACUCGGAAACACAAGGAUGUGGCCGAUUGUUACUUGCACAUAAGUGCAGGUUUCACACAGCUUUCUACGAUAGACCACAAAGACCUUGACAAAUUUUUGGUCAAAGUUACUGAAACAUUUGAAAAAGCGAGAAAAUUAGAAGCAAGAGUUGCAUCGGAUGAAGAUUUAAAACUAUCCGAUACUUUAAGAUUUUAUAUGAGAGAAUUGUCUGCUGCUAAAAGGCUUUUAUAUCGAAGGCUAAGAUGUUUAGCCGAAUACACGAAUGCGAAUAGAAAUUUAGAAAAAGUCAGAACUAAAAAUAAGGAUGUUCAUGCGGCUGAAAAAACACAAAUAAACGCGUGUAAUCUUUUUCAACAAAUGGACAAGAAAGCAGAGGAAGAAUUAUUAAAUUUUAAAGACAGGAGAAUUGCAGAUUUUAGAAAAAAUCUCGUCGAAUUGGCCGAAUUGGAAAUAAAACACGCCAAGUCUCAGGUUUCACUUCUUAAAACGUGCCUGGCGAGUCUCAAGAAAGAAUGA